UUUAUUACAGAGAGCAUCUCACUAUCUUUUCUCCAUCGUAUUCACUUUUUUCUCCAACAUUGUACGGAAUCAGAGGUUUGUUUUGGUAUAUUAAAGACCUGAAGCAGCUGACGAAAACUCUACAUUAAUGGCGGCAAUGCUUAAAAAGUGCCAUUGAAUUUAAAGAUAGUCUUUACUUUUUUUACAGCGCCCUCUGUUCAUACUUUUUCCAGCCAUUUUUCUUCUUUUCUCGUUCGGAAAUCCGAAAGUUAUAACCGUCUGGAAAAAGUCGUUUUACUGAUUGCAAUUGUUUACAAUGCUGGAAUCGGAUUCAGAAACACUAAGAUCAAGCCAGAGUUCGAUGAGUAGCGAUUAUAGUUGCCCUAGUUUUAGCCGACUGUCAUUCGACGCCGUCGCCGAUCUGGACCAGCAGCAUUCUUUAGAGAAGAGACAGCUGUUGAAACCUCAUCGUUCGUCUGACUCAACAUGGAAGGCGAUUAGGUCCGCCGCGUUCCGUCGGAAGUCCGGCCUGAGCUUCCGUGAUUUCCGUCUUCUCCGUCAGAUCGGUGCCGGAGACAUCGGGAAAGUGUAUCUCUGCUCCCUCCGUGACGAGGAGGAGGAGAGAUGUGUGUAUGCGAUGAAGGUCGUGGAUCGGGAGGUGCUGGCGAAGAAGAAGAAGACGGAAAGAGCGGAGACGGAGAAGAAGAUCUUGAGGAUGCUGGAUCAUCCGUUUCUUCCUACACUCCAUGCGGAAUUCGAGGCGGCACACUUCUCUUGUGUGGUGAUGGAGUUCUGCUCCGGCGGCGAUCUUCAUAGUCUCAGGCACAAACAACCUCAGAAACGGUUUUCAUUGAACUCCGCGAGGUUUUAUGCUGCUGAGGUUCUUGUAGCUUUGGAGUACCUUCACAUGCUAGGAAUCAUAUACAGAGACCUGAAACCCGAAAACGUCUUAGUCAGAUCAGACGGUCACAUCAUGCUUUCUGAUUUCGACCUUUCUCUUCGUUCUGAUUCAAUCCCAGCCGUUCAACUUCACCAUUCUUCUCCGGCCAAACACCCUUCACCGCUCUCAUGCAUGUUCACCCGUUUCACCCGGUCUAAGAAGAAGGUUCAAACAACAGUGACUACAAACCGUCAGUUCGUGGCCGAGCCUGUAGAGGCCAGGUCUCUCUCCUUUGUUGGGACACAUGAGUACAUCGCGCCGGAGGUUGCUGCCGGAAAGUCCCAUGGGAACGGCGUAGAUUGGUGGGCACUGGGGAUAUUCAUAUACGAGAUGAUGUAUGGACAGGCGCCGUUCACCGGAGAGACCAAUGAGUCUACUCUUAGGAACAUUGUGAAGAUGCCGUUGGAAUUUCCGACCAAAUUGGCUGCAAAUGCGGAUGAGAGAUAUGCCCGGGAGUUGAUAUCUGGAUUGUUGGCUAAGGACCCAGAGAAGCGGUUGGGGUCGAAACGUGGGGCGGCGGAGGUGAAAACUCAUCCAUUCUUUAGGGGGCUAAACUUUGCCCUUAUACGGUCUCUCUCGCCGCCGGAGAUACCCGGAAUGAAGAGAAGGGAGAAAGGGUCAAUAUCGUUGAGGCAAAGGAGUCUAAAGCAGUCGUCGUCUUCUUCUUCGAAGCGGUUUGAUUUCUUCUGAAGUGGGAGUUUAUUAUGUAUAUAUAUUUGAGACAGGGGAAGAAGAUGAAAUUAUUAGAAUUGAGAUAGAUAGAGGUUAUGAAGCAAAUUUAGUAGAUUAUGAACUAUCUAUGUAUGGAGGAGUUAGAUUUGUAAGAUGUUUUCCCUUAGGAAUCAAGCAAUGACGCAGGAGCUUAUU